AUGUUGCCGGUGUGGCUGACCGCCAGGUUGGUUGGGCUGGAUGUGCUCCCAUACGGGUCGGUUAUACCCACCAGCAUUUAUGGCACGUCUUUCAUGGACUUCUGUCAUAAUGGUGGAUCAACCAAGUUUGAGCUAGCUGUUCACAGAUGGCAGACAGGCACCGAACACGAAACCUCAUCCUGUAUGACUGGGAGUGGACUUGUCGAGGCGAGCAGCAGUCGAGCCGCAGUGCUUAAAAAGGUCACCAAUGUUCUUGAAAGAGACGGUGCCACAGUUUGGGCGAAAGCCCCAAAUAGUUACGGGAGAAUUCGAAAACAUGGUGCUCCAGAACCGGGCGGAGCUACCCAUUACCCACAUCAACGGGCACCAAAGAAACGAUCCUCCCAAAGGAAUCCCACAAAUCGGAGCACCGGCGACCUCACUUCGAAAACCGGCGAGCGGCAAAGAAAGCGACACGCUGCUGGGAAUCCGAGGAAUUCUUGGCGAACCCAAAAACUCCUACAAAACUGGUGGGACCUGAAACGUGCAAUUAAGCCAAACUACACUCAGAAGGGUACAGAAACCCAGCAGCUGUGA